AUGAAAUUAACUAGUGCUCGUGCGUUUCGAGCUCUGGUAACAUCCGCUAAAAAGACUCCCGCUUCUGUUCAAAGCCUUACUGUAGCUGACUUGCCAGAGGUCUCUAAAGUUCGAGGCGAAAAAGGGCCUUGCAGUGUCCACGUUAAGGUGAAAUACUCAAACGUCAAUUACAAAGAUGCUCUUGUCGCUCAAGGUCUUUAUGCUGGUCUCCCAUUUCCAAUGGUUGGCGGCAUUGAUCUGACAGGAACUGUUAUGUCAGACACUUCCGGACAGUUUAAAGAAGGCGACGAAAUCCUUGUGAACGGCUUUGGGAUAGGCACUGAUCAUUUUGGCGGUUAUGCGGAAGAAGCAAGAGUCCGACCAGAGUGGUGUCAAAGGCUGCCUGAGGGAAUGAGCCAUUUGACAGCUGCAAGAAUAGGCACUGCUGGGUACACAAGUGCGCUUUGCGUUGAGGCUAUUCGAGAUUCCGUGAAACCAUCAGAUGGGCCUAUCGCCGUCUCUGGUGCUACUGGGGGCGUUGGCUCCGUCUCCAUUUCAUUGCUUAGCAAUCUUGGCUACGAAGUCCACGCAAUAAGCGGAAAAGCUGAUCGAGAUAGCGAAUUCCUUACUUCGUUAGGAGCGAGUAGUGUCCUCGAACGAUCAGAUUUUGAAGGCAAACCUCGUCCUCUCGCAAAGGAGAGGUUCGCCGGUGCCGUCGAUGCUUGCGGGUCAAACGUUCUUGCAAAUAUUUUGUCGAUGACGAAGAAAUAUGGCACUGUUUCGGCCUGUGGCCUUGCUGCAGGAUUAGAUCUCCCGACGAGCGUAGCACCCUUUAUUCUCCGUGGAAUCACUUUAAAUGGUGUCGAAUGUGUUUACCUUCCAAUCUCGAAAAGAGAAUCUGCAUACGAACUAUUGUCCAACGCCUGCCCAGAGAGUGCUCUCGACUUGAUCGGCCGAAAUCCGAUCAUUUCUUUGGAAGAGGUUCCCGACGUCGCAAAAGCGAUGCUUUCCGGCAACAUCACGGGACGAUAUGUAGUUGAUCCAUCAGCCUAA